GUCUUUCACACUGUCUAACAACGUUGCCAAUAAUCAAGUUCAAGCUAUUUUCAUCAACUUGUGUGAAAACAAAAUACAUAGUUUUAAUUAUGGCGGCUUUAUGGACUCUCUGCUUGAUCGCGUUCUCCAUUUUGGAAAUGACAAUGCCAUCGGCGGCAAAACCUUGUUUCAUUACAAAUUGCCCACCAGGAGGCAAACGCUCCGGUCAUGCAUCAGAAGAUCCUUCAAGUUUUCAAGGGGUGGCUGAAGAACAGCCAUUGUUGUCACAUCAGUGUGCUUCCUGUGGCCCGGGAGGAAAAGGAACUUGCUUUGGAGCAAAUUUAUGCUGCGGAUCGGACUUUGGAUGUUUCUUUAAAACUAAUGAGACUAACAUUUGCUUGUUAACCAAUUUAAAGUCAUCUCGAUCAUGUGAUGAACGUUUUUGGCAAAUCUAUUUCAAGUCUGCUCCAUGCAGCUUAAAUGGUGAUAAGCUUGAUGGUAUCUGCGUGGCGGAUCGACUUUGUUGUUCCCUUGGACAAUGUAAACAAAACUUCGCUUGCUGAGUGGCAUCUAGUAUCCGAUCAAGGCGACGUAACUCCAUCGAUCUCCGACAUUAACUGUAUCGUAAAUCAUAUGAUUAAAUUAUGAAACUUCUACAGUAAAUAAAUGUGCUAUCAUCUAGAAUCACAGGGCCUACAUCUGUUGGUCCUUCUCCGUGAUGAGAACGAAAAUGAAUACAAUUUCGGCCUAAA